AUGAGAAGAACGCAAGAGAUCGACCGUGGAAGUAAACCUGGCUCUGAUGACUGUUUAGUGAAGAUCUGGUCUGCACACGAUGGACGGCUGCUCACCACACUAAGAGGUCAUUUAGCCGAGAUCUCUGAACUUACUGUGAACUAUGAGAAUACCCUGAUUGCUGCUGCAAGCUGUGAGAAGAUCAUCCGAGUGUGGUCUCUCCGAACCUGUGCCCCCAUAGCUGUGCUGCCAGGUCACUCAGGAGCUGUUACCUCAUUACUUUUCAGUCCACUGGUCCAAGGCUCCACCAGAUACUUGGUGUCUACAGGAGAUGCAACAGUGUGCUUAUGGCAGUGGGAUGUUGAUACCUUGCAGUUCAAUGCUCGUCCCCUGAAAUUCAUAGAAAAAUCUGGACCUGGAGCUCAGAUGCUCUGCUCUUCGUGUAGCGCUGGUGGGAUGUUUUUGGCUGUCAGUGGCAGUGACCACGCCAUCCGACUCUAUUAUUUUGGUAAUGAAGAGCCUGAAAAAGUAUCUGAACUUGAAGGCCAUAGCGAUAUUGUCGACAGCAUUUUGUUUUCCUACAAUAGUGAAAGGUUUGUAAGUGGAAGCAAAGAUGGAAUCGCACGAAUAUGGAGUUUAGAGGAUCAGGAGUGGAAUAGUAUUGUACUUGACAUGGACACGAAUCUAGAUGACAGGCCGGCAAAUGAUAAUGACAGUAUAUCAUUUCAAAAGCCCAAGGUUCUGAUGAUUGCAUGGGACACGACGGAUAACUAUGUGGUGACUGCCAGCAGUGCCCACCUACUGAAAGUGUGGGAUUCACAUACUGGGAAACUGCUGCAUGUCCUAACGGGUCAUGAAAAUGACAUUUAUGUUUUGGAACCUCACCCCUUUGACUCCAGAAUGAUGUUAUCUGCAGGACACGAUGGAAAUAUAUUCCUAUGGGAUAUUAAAAAUGGCACUAAAGUCAUGCAUUACUUCAAUUUAAUCGAAGGACAAGGCCAUGGUGCCAUCCUGGACUGCAAGCUGUCAGCUGACGGGCAGCGCAUGGCAGGAACCGAUUCACAUGGAUAUCUGCUGAUUUUUGGCUUUGGCGGUGGCAAGUUUUAUGAGAAGAUUCCAGAGCAGAUGUUUUUCCACACGGACUAUAGACCCCUGAUUGGAGAUGCAAACCAUUUUGUCAUUGAUGAACAAACCCAGCAGGCUCCACACUUGAUGCCACCACCGUUUUUGGUAGAUGUUGACGGAAACCCACAUCCACCUGCAUAUCAGCGGUUAGUUCCUGGGAGAGAGAACUCUGCAGAUCAGCAUUUGGUGCCUCAAUUGGGAUACAUAGAAACUGUUGAUGGUGAAAUAGUGGAACAAGUGGUCAGUCAGCAGAACCAAGAGCCCAACCUGCACCCGGAUCAGCGGCCAAAUCCAGAGCAAGAACCUGGCUCCAGUGCUCAGGCCAACAAUGCAGCCAGAAGAGAUCUUGCUUCUCCGCCAAAUAUCGGCCUAAGGCGUAGCGGUCAGGUAGAAGGUGUUCGUCAGAUGCAUAUUAAUUCACCUCGCAGUCAGAUUGCUACAGAGAGGGAUUUACUUGCCUGGAGGAAAAGAGUAGUUGUGCCAGAGAUACCCAGCGUCAUUUACAGGAAGGAGGAAGAUAUUAGAAUUGCAAAAGCAGAACAGGAAAAGUUUAUUGUGGAUCAGAAACCACGUUGUCUGUCUGACUUUUCUCAAGAGGAAAACUUACGGGCUCAUAAUUUGAGGCUGCGCAAGAAGAUAACAUCUCGUAUACGACCAUCGCGCCGUAAUGUGGAAGAGUUUCUUGAGCUGUCUUGCGAAGAAGAUAACGGUACCAGGUCUUCUGCGGAGGAAGAGAAUGCAAGUGACCAACUAGAAAAUCAAACUGAUAAUUCAGUGGAGUCUUCUUCAGAAGAUGAAGAUGACUGGAGAAACACAAGUGACUUCUCCAGCGAGUACUCUGAUUGGACCACAGAUGCUGGAAUUAAUCUUCAACCACCGAGCUGUAAUUCCACCCGGCGUAAAGUUAAGAAGCUGGCAAGCAGUUCUGAGGAGGAGACUUCGGCAGGAGAGAAAUCCACAGAAAGAAAGCCAACCCCCAAAAGGGAGAGGCGUAAAAAAAACACUACGGGAAAUGAGACAGCAAGAUUGCCUGAAAGGGUUCCUCUAAACAGAGAAAUCUCUAACGACUGGCGUCCCUCUAAUUGGAUCACGGACACAACCCCUCGGAGGUCCCCUUUUGUUCCACAGAUGGGAGAUGAGGUCAUCUACUUUCGACAAGGCUAUGAAGCAUACAUUAAUGCUGUCCAAAGAGCCAACCUCAGUAUGGCUAAUUCAUUAAAGGAGCCAUGGAGAAAAUGUGGGCUCAGGGACCAGGAAUUGGUGAAAAUUGUUGGGAUCCGAUAUGAAAUUGGACCUCCCACUUUGUGCUGUCUUAAACUUGCCUUGAUAGACCAUGUUAGUGGAAAGAUCACGGAACAAUCCUUCUCUCUCAAAUAUCAUGACAUGCCGGAUGUGAUAGACUUCCUUGUCUUGAGGCAGUUCUAUGAUUAUGCACGUCGCACAGAUUGGCAGGCGGGUGACCGGUUCCGGUCCAUUAUAGACGACGCAUGGUGGUUUGGGACGGUUGUUGGUCAAGAGCCAUAUCAAGCUGAAUAUCCAGACAGCCUGUUCCAGUGCUACUCUGUGAAGUGGGACAAUGGAGAGAUUGAAAAACUAAGUCCUUGGGACAUGGAUUGCAUUCCCGAUGACAUCAUUCCACCUGAGGAACCGGGAUCCAGCAUCUCCAUAACUGAAGAAGAGCGGGAUACUUUGUUGUAUUCCCCCCAGGAAGGAGAAUGGGGAAGAGGGAACCAGGACAGUGAAUGUGAGCGAAUUAUUUGUGGCAUCGAUCAGCUCCUUAAUCGAGACAUGGCGGGUCCUUUUGCUGCACCUGUAGAUUUAACUAUCUAUCCAUCAUACAGCAUGAUGAUCGCUUAUCCCACUGACCUCAGCACUAUACGGAUGAGGCUGGUGAACCGUUUUUACAGGAGGCUUUCUGCACUGAUCUGGGAAAUCAGAUACAUUGAACAUAAUGCUAGGACGUUCAAUGAACCAGGCAGCAACAUCACAAAGUCAGCAAAGAAAAUCACAGACGUGCUUUUAAGAUUUAUAAUGGACAGCAGCUGUUCCAGCAUUACAGACGUGUGCACUACUACUGAAGGAGAGGAGACGUGUGAUGGACAGGGAGAGAGCCACGCUAAUUCCUGGAAGAGUCGCUGCAUGGACCUGGUGGACUUCAUAAUAGACUGUGAAGACUCUGAGCCCUUCAGGGAGCCGGUGGACCUGGAGCAGUUUCCUGAUUACAAGGACAUUAUUGAAACACCUAUGGAUUUUGGGACCAUCAAAGAAACCCUGGCAGCCGAAAAUUACAGCAGUCCUUAUGACUUGUGUGGAGAUAUGAGAUUAGUCUUCUUCAAUGCAAAGCUAUACACGCCAAAUAAAAAAUCCCGGAUCUAUGGUAUGGUAUUAAGACUGUCAGCACUUGUGGAAGAGAGGAUGAAGGGCAUUCUCUCUGAUUACAAAGCUGCUCAGAAAUCUCACACGAGUCCUAAAGAUUGCCGUGUAGUGAAGAGAGCACAUGUAAAAGAAAUGCAGCGCGAGAGAAGGUCAGAGAGUACUAUUUACAGAAAGGUCAGACAAGCAAGGCCAUCCACGUCCGAUGGAGCGAACCAGUGUUUCUUAGAAAUGUCUUCACCACAGCCUACCUCAAGUGGAGUACUGCGCGCUCCCAGUCCCCUCAGCGUAGCCAUUUCCUCUUCUAGACACCUUAAUGGACAAUCACCUGGCUCCUCACCCUCAAAAUCCCAUGCGUCAAGUAGAGAACGUGACUCCUCAGCAAGCUGCUCCAUGUCGUCAGGAAGUGAAACAGACUCAUCUUCUACCUCGGCUUCUGAACAUUCCUCCAGCUCUUCAUCUUCCUCCAGCUCACAAAGAAAUCACAAGACUGAUUCAAGUUCAGUGUUCGCACAGGGUUAAUGGUGUGAAAUCUAAAAUGACUAAUGGCAGACAACAGAGAGCGACUGCUUCAAAGCAAGCAUCUCAGGGCAAUAACCAAAGGAGAACUGCAUCCACCAAAAGGAGAAUUUCAAGUUCCUCCGAAUCAGACUCUGAAUCUGCUGGAAAAAGUCAUCAGGGAAUGCGGAAGAAAACGCUCCGCAAAUGUGCUGCCCU